CAACCUUAAAAGCUCUGCCAAGUUUCUUACAAGCCCCUUUUCCCUUGAGGCAGAAGAGACAUUAUAUUCAGAAAUGGAGCCGAACAGCAACAGUGUAGAAGAUUUCUCCUUGAAUGUCUUUUCUGUCACUCCUUGUCAGUCAAACAUAUCCGAUGCCCUGGUGUCAGAUGGGGAUAAAGCUGGUGCUACUCUGCUCUUUUCAGGUGUGUUUUUGGGACUGGUGGGGAUCACUUUCACCGUGAUGGGAUGGAUAAAAUAUGAUGGCAUUACUCACCUGGAGUGGACUCAGUUACUAGGGCCUAUUCUGCUGUCUGUUGGGGUAACUUUUAUUCUGAUUGCUGUUUGUAAAUUUAACAUGCUUACAUGUAAGACCUGCAAAGAAAGAGAGGAAAAUACAUCAGACCUCGACCAGACUGCAAGCGGACAGUCCUUCGUCUUCACUGGCAUUAACCAGCCGAUAACUUUUCAUGGUGCCACAGUGGUACAGUACAUCCCUCCACCCUACCCAGCUCAGGAGGGCAUUGCUGUGAGCCCUGGAUACCUUCACCCAGUGCUCAGCUGCUGCGGUGCUGUUUCCCCCAGUGCCUCAUCAAUUCCCAGCCCGGGGUCUGCUCACUUCUGCCCUGCCUACCCCCUGGAUAACCUGGCUUUUACCGGAGAUGAGAACUACGCUGCUUAUCCUGCAGAGAAUACCAGGGAUCAGAGGUCAGAGAACCAUUCUGAUGAGCCAGAGGAACUGCUAGGAGACUACGCCUGUGGUGACUUGUCACCUCCACGUUAUGAGGAAAUAUACCCAUUCUCUUCAUAAAAUAACUAUGGACAACAGACAGUGAUUCUAAGACACACCAGCUUUUUAAUCCCAAAGAAUCUUUUAACACUUGCAUGGUAAGCAAGUGUGAGCAAAAUCUUGUUACCGAUACACAGCUCAGUGUCACUGAAGAUAUUUAACCAAUUCCUUAUUUUUCUCAGAAUUCAUUAACCCUUUGCUAUGCAAUUGAAUAGCAGAGCUAUUAAUUAUUUAAUAGCAAAAUUAUUAAUAGCAAAGCUAUUAAACUCAGGGAUCUAAAUCCGUAUUAGGAUUCCCCAACAAGAAGCCUGAUUUUCAGAUUUGCUGACCGGUGUGGACUGUGAAUGCACAAGAUGUUUGUGGAAGGUCAUGACUGCUCCUGCACAUUCAUCAUCAUUAGAAUACACUUGAUUUAUUCUUGCUUCAUUUUCCCUCUUGAUUGCUUGGGAAACUUCAAAAUGCUCAAGCAUCUGAUCCAUGAAAUUGCUUAUAAAGUCUUAAUUCUGUCUGA